AUAUCAUCAUACACUCAGGUAAUAACACACACACACACUCACACACACACACACACAAAUUUGAAGUGGCAGUUCCUCUUCAUGUUGGGAGUUUUCAACCUUCUGCUUCUGGCAUACAUAAAUGCAGCUGCAGCAUGCUGAGUUCAUGCAGACAAACUAAACACACACUCAGAACAGUCAUCACCUCACCUCUAUUUUAUGCUUAAUAGAUCAGUCCAGUCCACUUGUCAAGAUGCAUGCAUUGUUCCUUAUGGUCCUGUGUGCUGCACUGUCCUGUGCCAGCUCUGACAGCAACCAAGACAACAUACAGACUCUAAUGGAUAAUGUUCUGGUCCUGAGGGUGCCUUAUGGUCAGGGUACCAGGGUGUAUGUUCCUCUGACCUGUGGAGAAGCUUAUCAAGACCAGUCGGUGUUUUGGAAGAAAAAUGGCGAGUCUCAGCCAGCUCUGCAAGGGAACCAAGUCAAUGUCCUGGUAGAGGAGAUGGAUGGAGGGAACUACACUUGUCACCUCGGCCCAGACGGAGAAUACCUCAACCACACCGUAAUCAUGAUCCAACUAGACCCAGACAACAGGACUGUUAUACUGGAAAAGAAAUCCCCUGAAGAAGGUCACAUCCACUGUUCAGCACUUAACUAUAAAGGCUCCUUCCAUUGCACCUGGACAAAAACAAAGUCCAGAUCCAACGCCGCUGUGCUCCUGGUGAAGGCAGAACGUUAUUUGGAAAAGAUUCCCUGUGAGCUGAAUGCCGAUGGAUCAGGGGUUCACUGCCAGGAUGCCAACUGCCCCUACAAAGAGGAACAACACCGCAUCUCCCUCACCAUUUACAUACAUAUCGACUCUCGCCUUGAGGCCUACACGAAGACUUUCUACCUUAGAGAGAUUGUGAGGCCGGCAAAACUACCUAACCUGCGCAUCAGUGAUGGGACGGUGUUCAGCUGGAACUACCCUGAAUCAUGGGAGAAGCCCUGCUCUUUCUUUGGCCUGCAGUUCCAGGUCAAAGUGGUCAAGGCGGUCGAAGACCCAAAACAUCCCUGUAACAGUGAAGGGCACAUAAUGGGUAACAUCACUGAAACUAAGUACGAGGUUAAUGUCAAAACCAAGAAGUAUGUUUUCUGUGUGCGAGCUCAGGACAAGCACACCAGUGGGCCAUUUGGCCACUGGAGCCAUUGCAUAGUGAAUAAAGAUGUUGUGACCUGCUAGCUUCUUUUACUGGACUGCAGCCAUAAACGAAGGAAGACCACAAGGAUGGAAGAAAAACUUGCAAUGCACAAAAAGUGGUGCUGUGCUUCAGGAGUGAAUGUAUACCUGUACAGUAUUUAUUGAUCACUCAUUCAAAAGUUGUCUUCAAUUUUUUAAAAACAUUUUUUUAAUAUGAUUUAAAUUAUUUACUAAAUUUGCCCUUUGUAACUCUUAUAUAUAUAACAAUCCUUGCAGAAUAGUUGUUAAUAUUUUUCUUAACAUUUCAUAAUAAAUGCAUGAACAUCUCAACAAAGGGUCUCAAAUCUAUUUCAAAUAUAAUGGUGAUUACUUGUUAAAUAUUGUCAAGAGAUGUCCAUAUUCUGUUACUACCCACUUUAAAUGACAAUACAGGCAAAUUUAGG